ACCAAUGAAGAAAUGGAAGGACAGAACAUACCAGCUGUUAUGAUCUGUUUAUUUCACAUCAGUGCUACGCUUUAGGGUUUUACAGAACAGGAAGAAGUAACAGGACUGUUUUCCAAGCAUUGUAUCCUCCUGUGUCAUUUCCCACCUGGGCAUGAUGAAGUAAUACACUGGAGCAAAGAGAACAAAAAAGUGCACAGUUACUACCAGCAGAAGGAUCAGCUGGAAGAACAAGAUCCACAUUACAGACUCAGAGCACACCUUUUCCAGGAGAACAUCCCUAGUGGAAAUGCCUCCUUGAAACUUAACCUGACCAUGAGCUCUGAUACCUGCUACCUGGGAACAGCACAAGAUGGAACAAAAGUGGAAGUGCUGCUAUGCAUGAGAGCUCAUUCCUUCUUCUUAUGUACUGGAAUACAACAAGACAAACACAGAAAGGAGACUGAAGUGCCAUGCCUUUCUCACUUAUCCAGCACCAAAUAUAUCUUGGGUAGAAGGCAGUAUAUCUAUCUAAGAGACAGACUGGGAGGAAACUAGGAGUGGAGUUCUCUAUUCUCUUAGAAGUGACAAGGACAUUAUAAACAUUACAGAUACUACUGUCAUAUUCAUUUCCAUCAUGAAGUGUGGGCUGCUUAAUGGAAGAUGCAAGAUAGGAAUGAAAUCUCUUCCUGCAUUGUUACUGAAUUUCACAGCUGGUUUCAGAGUCAAACUAAAGACAAUCUUUCUGCAGUGGGGCAACAUAGAUAUGGGACAGUGCAAAAGGAUAUUUGAAAUUUUUUUUGAAAUGCUUUUCUCUUUGAAAGGCAUUUGUUAGGAUUACAAGGCAGCAUUACAAGUUCCUUCCAAGAAGUAGGAAUGAGAGGGGCUAGCUCACCCUUCUAUAAGUUGCCUUUAUUCUUAAUAUCUUCUCUAUAUCAGUUUCACAUUUUAAGAGAUGCCAAAUAAACAAACUUUACCCUCUA